AUCACAAGUCAGUUUGGCUUGCCUCUCAUAUCUCACAAUGUGUACAUUCUGAAACGUUGUCUAAAAAUUUAAAGCCAAGAAUAACAGAAUCAUUUGAUCAUUUUUGUAUAGUGGUUUUUUUCCUGGCUGUGUAUUCAGAGUUUUAUUUCAUAUAAUACUUGUAUGGUGAUUAAUUGUAUUAUUGCAGGGGACAGCAGGGGGAAUAUGGAUUUUUUAUUCCACCCCAAGAUCCUUUUCAAACUUUCAAAAGGCUGAACCCAUCAAUGCAGCACCCACCAAGGCAGAAUGCACCAGUGAACUUUGUCCUGUAGAUGCCAAGAAAGAACUCUUGAUGGAAUGUAACAAUAUUUGGAAGGAAUUGGAACAGUGUCAAAGCAAGAUAAUGCUUCUAGGAAUAGAAACACUGCUAAAAUCAGAUACCAAGCUUGCCUUGUUAAUGCUGCAAUGGAAAGCUUUAAUAGUAGAUUAUCAAGAGUGCCAUGAGAGAAGUCCUGAAACAAUUUCUACCAAUCCAGAUGUAUUGUUAGAAUUAGGAAAUGAAGAGUUGCAGAAAGUAAAGAAUGAUCUUGAAAAGGUGCUAUCAGCAAUUUGUUCAAAGAAUAAACAACUAGAAGAAGAUCUGGAAAGAGAACAGCAGUGGUAUGAGGAACAGGAACAGAUGCUAAAUACUCUUAACAGAAUUGAAGAAGAGACAAAACCCCAAGUGGAACAACUUUACAAAACAAGAGGAUUGGAGGAACUGCACAAAAAAAUGUUGCAAUUAAAGACAUUUAAGAAAGAACUCUUGAGUGCACUGGGUGAAUUCCUGGAUGAACAUUUUCCCCUUCCACAGGAUAAUGGAAGUGCCAUAAAAAGGAACUUUUCUUCAGAGCCAGCUGUAGAACUGCUAGCAUUGCAAGACAUUUUAGAGAUUCUGAUAAAUAAAUUAAUGGCCACACCACAUGAACCUUAUGUAACAAUCAAUGAGUCGUUUUGGCCACCUUACAUUGAGCUGCUGCUGCGAUUUGGAAUGGCCCUGAGACAUCCAGAAGAUCCAAACAGAAUGCGCCUAGAAGCUUUUCACAAAUAGUGUGACCUACAUAUGUACUUAAAAACAAAACAACACCAGUACUCUUAAUCCAGACAUAGGAUAUACUUAGGCAUCAUAAUAGAUUUCUUUUAUAUUGUCAAUCACUUCUUGUUUUAUGAUUUUUUUCUAUUUUAUUGAAGAGUGUGAAAUAUGGCAAAAGAAAAAAGUCUCUUAAAAAAAAAAAUCUCUUUAACUGCUUAACUUCUCAACUUUGCCUGCUUAAGUUGGCCUUCUGUUUUAUAACAAGAUGUGCAUUGUGGAAUUUUUGUUUCAGCUGCUUUUAUAAGAAAGAAAUUCAAGUAAUAGACAAUGUAAAGAUGUUUAACAGUCUUUUUUACUUUAAAAAUUAUACUUUAUAUAUUACUUCUGUGUUUUAGAUUUCUUAGAUUGCCUGAAGUCUUCUUAAUUUCCUUUAGUAUUUUGCUGUAUGCUGAAGACGCAAAAUUCAGAGUAACACAGCACCCCCUGUACAUGGCCUUGAAGAAAUUUGGAAAUAACAGAGAAGUGUCUGCUCAAGAAUGUGCCUUUGCAAACAAAUGUAUUGGCUUUGAGAUAAACAGUUGGGAAAGCUGAAACAUCUUUCUGUGCAAAGUGCUGCAGAGGUUGAGUGUGCAGCUUUACCACUACAUGCUUCCCACAUGACCCAUAUUGUGUUAUGCUAUGUUUCCUAACAGUAUCUGUCUUCGCUUUUUCAGACCUAGUUUAUCAAGGCUUGUAACAGGUCUCUGUUCUGUUGAUUGCUACAGCUUCUAAGUUAUGUCAGUUGAGGGCUUCCUUCUGACUCAAUGCUGUCAUUCUGUGUAAUCCCGGUCUUUUCUGUAGCUAUUGUUAUUGUGGACUUUGAGUACAACAAUUCUGCUUUUGCAUAUCUGUAGUGACUAUACACUUGAAAAUUAAUGUCUUUUAUUAACCAGACUGCCAUUUAUUGAUAUAGGAACUUUAAUGAUUUUUCAGUAGAUAGAAAACUAAAGGGUUGUAUACUAUCACAGAAUGGUUUUCAUGUCAUAGCUUUUAUAGAAUGGUUUUGAUGUGAUUUUAUGAUGAGUUUUAAAGGUAAUGUAAGGACGCAUGGGAGAGGAAGGGGGGACCAAUCUAAGUUCCAGUGCAAUUGCCUUUUUUAGCACAAUUAAAUGUUAAAUAAAAAAAAUGUUACAUCUUUUGUGGUUUUAAGUGAAAAUUGUUCAUUUUACCCACACAACUGAUAAUAGGCAUGAAUACAGAACCCAGUGUGCGCUGUUAUGCAUGAACAUUGACUACUUUUUGCUUCAUACUGCUUGUAUAGCUAUCCUCCUGCUGUAUUUUAACCUCCCUUAUUAAAAUACUAGCUCUGA